CAAAAUCAGAAAUGCUAUGUGGGCACACAAAUAUGUAUGAUGACGUACACUCAGCUUCACUGGCUCCAUCUUUCCGGAAGUGGAUACCGCUGAAACUCUUGAACGCUCAUGUCUUUUCCCUUUAACAUCAUAUUGUCAAAAGGACAUAAUGGGUCGAUAUUCUCGAGAACCGACUAAUACAGCCAAAUCCUGCAAGGCACGGGGUUCUAAUUUACGUGUUCAUUUCAAGAACACUCAUGAAACUGCACGUGCUAUUAAAAAUAUGGCUUUAAGAAGAGCACAAAAAUAUUUAAAAAAUGUUAUUGAACACAAGGAGUGUGUUCCUUUCAGAAGAUUCAAUGGUGGAAUUGGCAGGUGUGCUCAAGCUAAACAAUUCGGCACAACACAAGGAAGAUGGCCCAAAAAAUCAGCUGAAUUUUUACUCCAAUUAUUGAGGAAUGCUGAAUCAAAUGCCGAUUACAAAGGUCUAGAUGUUGAUCGAUUAGUUAUUGAUCAUAUUCAAGUAAACCAUGCUCCUUGUUUACGUAGAAGGACAUACCGAGCUCAUGGCCGAAUUAAUCCUUAUAUGAGUAGUCCCUGUCAUAUAGAAGUUAUUCUCACAGAGAAAGAAGAUGUUGUAACUAAAGCAACAGAAGAAGAACCAUUGAAGAAGAAAUUAAGUAAGAAGAAGCUCGCCCGACAAAAAGAAAAAAUGUUGAGAGAGUAAGUGACUCGACCAUUAUUUUCUAUCAUCAAGUUAUCUUGAUCUGUAUUGUGCAAAGAAAUAAAAAGCACAUUAUUAUUGAUAAA